GAACAUGUAGCAUAUACUCAACAAUUUUUGAUAAAUUGGAUACCCAAAUGAUAUAUAUUGGUAUUAUCCCAAUUUUUAUGAGUUGAAUGAAUUGACUUGAACUAAUAAAUGGACAGAUCAACUAGAUCCAACUUAAACGAGUUGGAGCUAAUUUUGCCACCACAUUUAAAUAAUAUGCUUGUGGUGAAUGUCUACUUUUGUUUUUAUGUCAUCUUUGUUUGUCCUAUUGUUGCCACCAAUAGGAAUGAGGCAAAGUACCAUCAAGUUUUAUGGACCUCCCAAGCAAUAUUCUGAUUAGAUCUUCCUAAUAUUCCAUAGUUGAGCGAAGAACUCAAAGGAAAGCAACGUACAAUAUCAAUAAUUGUCAUGGAAGUUAAUUAUAAGAAUGUUCCUUCUGUUCAGGAAAUGGCGAAGAAGAAACUUGUGACGAUUCCAUCGCGAUAUGUACGUGACGAUCAGGACCAUUCAGUGGCAUCAUCAAAUAAAGAAGCUCCAGUCAUUGAUAUGCAACGAUUGAUCAACUCUAACGACCAUGACUCCAUGAAUAUCGAGCUUCAGAAGUUGCACUUUGCAGCCAAAGAAUGGGGUUUCUUUCAGUUGAUUAAUCAUGGAGUUAGUUCUUCAGUGGUGGAGAAAAUGAAACAUGAGAGUCAAGCAUUCUUCGAUCUGCCAUUAGAAGAGAAGAACAAGUUUGAACGAUCGCCAGGGGAUACUGAUGGAUUUGGACAGCUCUUCGUUGUUUCUGAUAAACAAAAGCUUGAUUGGGCUGACAUUUUUUACUUGAAGACCGCACCUCCAUAUCUGCGAAUGCCUAUAUUUUUUAAGCUUCCCCUUUCACUUAGAGAGGCAAUUGAAGAGUACGCGGAAGAAAUAAAGGAGCUAACCAUGAAGGUUUUGAAAAUGUUGGGUAAAGCUGUGGGGAUAAAAGCAGAAGAAGUAGACAACCUUUUCGAUAAAGGAAUGCAAUCAAUGAGGAUGAAUUACUAUCCACCAUGUCCACAACCAGAGCUUGUGAUGGGCCUUUCCCCUCACUCUGAUGCCUCAGCUUUAACAAUUCUUCUUCAGGUCAAUGAUACUGAAGGUCUUCAAAUUAGAAAAAAUGGAAUUUGGAUUCCCAUUGUACCCCUUCCUAAUGCCUUCAUAGUCAAUAUUGGAGAUGCUUUCGAGAUUUUCUCAAAUGGAAUUUACAGAAGCAUAGAGCAUAGAUCAGUGGUUAGCUCUGAAAAAGAAAGGAUAUCAGUAGCAACAUUUCAGAGUCCAAGACUGGAUGGUGAAUUAGGUCCAGCUAGUACCGUUGUUACUGCUGAUAAUCCACCAACAUUCAGAAAAAUCGGAGCCGCUGAAUUUUAUAGAGGAUUUCUCACCCGGGAACUUGUUGGAAAAUCAUAUGUGGACACCAUGAGAAUCACCACUACUGAAGAUGUGUGAAAAAAAUCUAAAGUGGAUUUUUUGGAGGAAUAAAUAUCAUAAUUUUUUAGUUAAAUUUCUAGAAUAGUCUAGUGAAUUAAUAUCAUAAUUUUCUAGUAGAGUCUCUACAAUACUCUAACAUAGUAUUUAGGAUAAUUAUCUUAGAAAAAUAUCUAGAUAUUCUAGAGUAUUGUAGAGGAUAAAGUUUGUAGAAUAUUCUUAUAAAUAUAUCUAGAAGAAUUCUAGAACCAUCCAUAGAUUAGUAUAUAUAGGAAUGACAUUGUACAUUUGUAAUCAUCCAAAAAAGCAAAUCCAAUACAAAACAUAU